CAUCUUAAUAUUAUAUUGCCACCUAACUCCUCCUCCCUCCUUCCUCUCUCGUACCGAACACACUGAAAAGUAAAAACAUAGCAGACUUCAGACAAGAGAAGCCUUUGAAGUUUGAAGAAUCCUUCAAAACAAAGCUUUCGUCAUCUUCAUCUUCAACGUCCCUCUUCAUCGUUUUUCAGUCAAUCAAAAAUGGAUCCUAAACAACAAGAUUCAGAAAACCCAGAUGCACAAACACCUUCAGACCAUCAAUCUCACCUCCCCAUUCUUCCUUUCACAUCCAUUACACUUUCUCUCCCUAAACUCCUUCCCACCCACUUCGUCUCUCCACCCAAAAAUCUCAAAAUCCCUGCCACCGUCAAAAUUCCUACUCAAAUCUCCUCCCUUUUCAACCUUUCUCUUUCCUCUACUCCCCUCCCCCCUACCAAAUCCAUAUUGAAAUCAACCGUCUCUGCAAACCCUCUUCAAAACCCGUUAGCUUUAAACCCACGCCGCCCCUCUGACCCAUCGAACGCCGCUGGUCUCCGCCGUGCCUCCAUUGUCUGGUUCCGUAACGAUCUCCGUGUUCAUGAUAAUGAAUCUUUGACUUCCGCCAACAAUGAAUCCAUUUCCGUUCUACCAGUUUACUGUUUUGAUCCUAGAGAUUUCGGGAAAUCCUCAUCUGGGUUCGAUAAAACUGGACCCCAUCGUGCAUCUUUCUUGAUCGAAUCAGUUUCUGAUUUGAGAAAGAAUCUUCAGGCAAGAGGGUCGGAUCUUAUAGUCCGAAUUGGAAAGCCCGAAACUACUAUAGCGGAAUUGGUGAAGGAAAUUGGGGCAGAGGCAGUGUAUGCCCAUAGGGAAGUGUCUAAUGAUGACGUUAAAGGUGAAUCAAAGAUUGAGACUGCAUUGAAAGAUGAAGGGGUGGAGAUUAAGUACUUUUGGGGAAGCACAUUGUAUCAUAUCGAAGAUUUACCAUUUAAAUUGGAAGAAAUGCCAACAAAUUAUGGUGGAUUUAGGGAUAAAGUGAAAGGUAUAAAGGUAAGGAAGACCAUUGAGGCUGUUGAUCAACUGAAAGGAUUGCCAUCUGGUGGUGAUGUGGAGGCUGGUGAGAUUCCAUCUCUGGUUGAUUUGGGUAUGAAUCCUACCGCUACUAUGAGUCAGGUGAAACCUGUUGUAAAUGCUCCUGUUGUUGGAGGUGAGACUGAAGCAAUGAAGAGGCUUAAACAGUUUGCAGCGGAAUGUGAAGCACAGCCUCCAAAAGAAACAAAAGAUGGAAGUAAUGAUAGCAGCAGCAGCAGCAUAUAUGGUGCAAAUUUCUCCUGCAAAAUCUCCCCAUGGCUUGCAAUGGGAUGUGUUUCUCCUCGUUCCAUGUUUGAUGAGUUGAAGAAGUCUGCUUCCAGUUCCAGAAGGGUUUCUUCUGGCUCAAAUGGUAAAGAUGGUGAUGGGAUGAAUUGGUUGAUGUAUGAGCUCCUAUGGAGGGACUUUUUCAGAUUCAUUACCAGGAAAUACAGUUCGUCGAAACAACAGAAAAUUGCUCCAGUGACAGUCACUGUGUAGCUUACACGGUGGAGGGUGUCAUUUCAUGUACGAUUUUUUAUUUUUGUUUGGUCAUUGAACUUCCAAAAAUUUGGGUUAUUUGAUCAAAAGAUAAACAAUCAGUAGUACAUUUUAUGUAUCUUUAAUAGUUUUUUUGGUUUUGCCUUGAAAAUGAAAGGACAGUUAUUGGUGGUAUAUCACCAAUCUAUUCUGUUCCUCAAACCAUUGAUUGAAAAUUUAUUAUGUGUCCUGAUUAUCAUUUGGUUGAUUUGUAUGAC